CGGGCGCGGGAGGAGAAGGGCGGCGAGGCGGCCAUGGAGGAGCGGGUUGAGGACGGGGCGGAGGACGGAGGAGACGGCUUUACCCGUGUUUCCCGUCAUGGCGGCCGGCGGGCGCAGAAGCGUCGGGCUGAGGCGGGCGGCGGCCCAAUGGAGCCCGGGGAGCCCCCUCCCCCGCCCCUGAAGAGACCCGACUUCCCCGCCAUCUCUGCCGCCGGACUGCAGGGCGGCAAGAGUGAAAUGCGGAGAAUUCCCGUUCCAGCGCACAGAUACACACCACUGAAAGAGAACUGGAUGAAAAUAUUCACGCCUAUCGUAGAACACUUAGAACUUCAGAUACGAUUUAACUUAAAGUCAAGAAAUGUGGAAAUCAGGACUUGCAAAGAAACAAAAGAUAUAAGUGCCCUGACCAAAGCUGCUGACUUUGUGAAAGCUUUUAUUCUGGGAUUUCAGGUGGAGGACGCCCUCGCUCUCAUCCGAUUAGAUGAUCUCUUUCUGGAGAGCUUUGAAAUCACAGACGUUAAACCUUUGAAAGGGGACCAUCUCUCCAGAGCAAUCGGAAGAAUUGCCGGGAAAGGAGGGAAAACCAAAUUCACCAUAGAAAAUGUGACCCGGACCCGGAUAGUGCUAGCUGACUUGAAGGUUCACAUCCUUGGCUCUUUCCAAAACAUCAAGAUGGCGCGAACGGCCAUUUGCAACCUCAUCCUAGGCAAUCCCCCAUCAAAGGUUUACGGUAACAUUCGGGCCGUGGCUAGCAGAGCAGCGGAAAGAUUCUAAUUCCCAGAUGCAGGAGCGGGUCGGCCGGGCUCGUAGGCGGUCGCUCUGAAGAAACCGUGGGACUGUCAGUGCAUAAGACACUUAGAGUCUCCCUUCAUUCUCAUCUGGAUUCCUAAGGAGAGCAAAGCUAGUCACACUGAGCUUGGGGGGGGUCGCUUAAUAGCUUUUAUACUAUUUAAAUACAAACUCCUAACUUAUCCCUACUGUUUAAGAAACAAUAACUACUCUCAUUACUGACAGCAGAAAGUAGGUAGAAUUCCUCAUUUAGAGGAAAACUGACCUAAUGCCUAAGCAGUUUUUAGAUCUGAAUUAUCUAGGCAGUUUUGGGUUGUAUUUUUUUAAAAUCAGGAUUUUUCAGUGACUAAGUUGCUACUAUGCCUGAAUAUGACUGGGUGUGGUGUAAGCGUGGGACAGUCGGGGCUGGUUUUGCCUCCACCUUGCUUUGUGACUCGGGACAAACGAUUCAGGGCUAAAAUGAGGUUCUCCAAACCUUCUCUGCAGGGGUGUCGUGUGGCAUGCUCUACUUGCCGAGUAAAUGUGCUUGGCAAACAACAUAAAACGGGUUCAUAAAGCAGUUAUAAGGAAUCAGUGAAAGUAAAACUGUCACUAGUCUUUUUUUUUUCCUGUUGAGAUCCUGGAAAUUUUGAUCCUAAAGGCUUAAGAUCUGGAGCCCUAAAUAAAUUCCAUUAUCAAAUAUA